UGGAAGGCAAACGGGCGAAUGCAUCCAACCUUGUUUCUUUAGAGCUGCUUACUGCCUCCUCCUACAUGUACUGUGUGUACUGUGCAUCCACAGGGCAGGUCUCCUCAGUCUAAUGCAACCUGGAUGCAGCCCGGUGCAUGCCUGCUUGUCCUGUUGAGAGCACUUUUCUGUUGUUUCUCCAUCUCACAUUCCUUUCUCCCCCUCUCUCCUUCCCUCUCUACCCCUGCGUAUUUUAUUUACCCACACACAACAACGUAUUGGUUAAGCCUUGUUGUUGUGUAUGCGGCUCGCUUAUCCGUCCCCCCCUCGUCGAUCCGACUAACAUCUAGGGAGGGCUCUCUUCAGUCCCGGUCCAUUCACACGCUUCUUCCUUCUUCCUUUGGUCACAAUCUGUGAGACGAUCGAUUCUCUUCCCUUCAGGAUGUUGUAGUUCCAUGCGUGCGUCUCUAGUGAA